AGCCGUCAGUUGCAGAAUGUGGGCACUUCUGAUGAUGGCUGUGCAUGGUGCUCCCACUGGCCGUCCCGGAAGCGCGUACGGUGGAAGAGAUAAUCCGAACAGCGACCACGUCGUCACCGGCCAGUCAGUAGCUUCCGAUCAACGCUGCAAGUAGUAGACAUUUCGGUGUCUCAGUAAACCUACAACCACCAUAAUGUUGUUGUCGCAUUCACCCAAGUCCACCAUGAUCUGCUCUCUCUUGCCAUGGUCCACGCUAGCGCAAAAAUCGCAAAGCUCGCACAACCCUCUUCGUCGGCCUCUUACACAACACGCUCCUCGCGCUUUACAACAUCGAACCUCUCGCGCGAUCGCGCAACAACAUUGACCCGGCGCUCUGGAUAACUUCUAAUCGACUUCUUUCUUGUUGUCUUGGAAACGACGCGCUGAGAAAUGGCUGGCUACGCGGAUCCCGACACGCAAAUGGGCGGAGGACCAGGUCAAUACGCAAAUCAGAAUGGCACACCACCGGCGCAGCAACACCAGUUGACGGACCCCGAACUGCGCCUACAAGAGAAUCUACAGCAGCUGCGUGAGGGUGGAGACAUGAUGCAUCCAGCCGGUCCGCAGCAACCGCAGUACCAACAGAUGGCUCAUAUGGGACCCGCCAUGGGCGCGCAUCAGCACUUCGCAGGACCGACACGCCCAACGCAUUCUCCGCAACAAAUGGCGCAACAUGUCAUGAGCAUGGAGGGACACCACGAUCCGUACGAUCCCAACGACCCGAAUCGCAAACGAUCCAAGGUGUCGCGUGCCUGCGACGAAUGCCGAAGGAAGAAGAUUCGAUGCGACGCAACCAGUGAGAACGGCCCGGAAGCUUGCUCUAGUUGUAAAAGAACCGGCGCGCGCUGUCAGUUCAGCCGUCAACCCAUGAAGCGCGGACCUAGCAAAGGUUACAUCAAGGAGCUAGCCGACCGACUCAAUUCGCUCGAAAGCCAGAUACAUCAUCCUCCUGCCCAGUCACACAACUUCGAUUUUGGGACCCUGGGUGACCAGUCGUUCCCCGACACCCAGAGCCCCCCGCAAUUCAAGCGCCAGCGAACUCACUCGAUGACAGAUGGAUUCCACGACGCUUUCAGCCGACCCAACUGGACUGUUCAGGACCGCGGGAAUAGCGGAUCUGUAGACGCACAUGGUCUGCCUGUGCUACCGGACCAAGAAUCGUCACUGAACGGCAAUCGUCGCACUUCGUUUGGAGACAUGAGUCUAGGCGGCAGCUUGAUUACUGGCUCCCACGAAGAGAUUCUCAAAGCAUACUACAACAUCAUUCACCCCACACUACCUGUCUUACCACACCACGAAUCACAAUUAAACCGCCUUACAAACUGUCCGUCGAAGCUACGGGAGGCAUUUUUCUUGUCACUAGAAGGCUGCAUCCGAUCUAUUGCCUCGAAGGCUCUGCCGCCUAUCGAGAUCAGCCUUAACCAGCUGCUACAACAAUGCUUUACUUCUGUCGAUGCGGCCAACUAUUGCCUCCACGACACAGACAGCUCAAGACAGUUUUACAAUCAUCUGGUAUACUGCCAGUCAAUGAUUCUGCUUGCUGCAGCGUCUGACAGACCGAGCCCAGGCGCCAUAGGCAGUACAACAGGACUACUGGGCCGCAUCUCAGCCUGUAUUGCUGACGCAGCGAUCAACGACUCGAGGACAUUGGCUGCGAUGAAAGAGCAAGACCUUGAAGUAUACCAGACAGCACGUCGCGUGUAUUGGACUGCAUUGAUUCUAGAUCGCUUCCACGGCUCUAGUCGAUCAAAGGACAUGAUGAUUCGAAGGUAUUCCGGAACUCUUUCGCGCGAUGACUACACAGCUCUGGGCGAAGUCGGCUACUACCUUGCCCGUACUGCCUUAAUUGUCGGUCGAAUAGCCUACGUGAAUCGCGCGGGAAGUGUUCCAAAUGUCGAAUCAUCGGCUCCUUUUGCCUUUUCAGCACUCAAACCUGGGACCGUGGAAUCAGAAUAUCUCAACGGGGCACUAGACGAAGUCAAACAGUCUAUCGAUCUGACUACUUUGACGCGCAACUCCCCUCCUCACUUGGCGCAUCAGUAUCUCAGAGUGUUCAUCGCGCGACUGUCAUUGCAAAACAUACCUUCUGCGGAGGUUUUUGAGGCCACCAAGGAACUGCUCAGUAACUUGACAAGCGGCGCGAUAACUCCUUUGCACCACAUUUUCGCCGCUCUAGUGGCUACGUCUCUUACCGAAUUGGCCGACCGAGCCGAGAUGCAAGCUGAGGCGAACGCAAGCAUCAAGGAGAUGAACGACGCGCUGUCGAACGGUCAGAUCAUACAUCGCAGCUCCGAUGGUCUAGGCUGGGAAACAGCGAUUGGGGAAUUGCUCCAGAAGAAGAAGUCUUCUACUCCCCCUUACACUGGUCCGGAGCAAGCCAGUCCUGCGCUAGAACCCAACAUGGCCGGACUGCAACAUCUCGCUGCAGCUGCAGUCGGAGAACGUGAAGGAACUGGUGAUAACCGUCCUGGUAGCUCUUCUCAGCAGAAGGUCGACAAUGACCUCUCAGCUGCUAUGGCUGCUGCUAAUGAGGCAGCCAAGGCGCAAGCCCAGGCGACUGCGGCAGCAGCUCAAGAUCUGUUCCACUAAGCAAAACAAAACAAUCUUCUUCCUGUAAUUGAUAUACCCCCUUUUGUUGUAGCUGGUAGAUAGUCUGACGAGACUUACAUCACAUUAUAAUCUUAUACGCCCUCCAAUCGUCACAUCGUCUCUAGAGAAGCUUCUGUUACUGAACCAAAGCGUCGUUACUGAAUAUUUCCUUUUCUUCAAAAACAAAAAAAGGUAUACGUGGUUAUCUACAUCACAAUUCUAAUAAAAUU